AUGAGGGACAAGUACUCCAGCGACUCCUUCGCGCCCGCCAACCGUACCCUCAGCGACCCUUCAGGAGCUUGCGCCGUCUUCAAGCUGGCGGGCACCACCGAUCGGAGAUCCUCCUCUGGGGGGUUUCUCAAUCGCGUCUUUGGAGGCAAGAAAGAGAAGGAUGCAGACACGGACAACGCGCCCCCUCGGAUCAGCGCUGACAGCAACCACACUACCCCCACCUCUCCUGGUGGCAGCAUUACAGUCAACACGAAUGACCUGAGUCCCAAAGGCGAGAGCAGGAAACCAGCAGAAGACCCCGCCCCAUCACCUACGGCCGACGCGAAGAAGCGCCGGAGUAGUAGCGCCAAAGCCAAAGAGAUAUUCACCCAGGCCAAAAACUCGCUGAUCCAUGGCGACAGGGACGGCCCUCAGACGCCCAUGCAGAAACUCUCCAAGACAGAUCCCGCCCUCAGUGUGCCCCAGGGCUCCCUGAAUAACUCGGCCGGCGAGUCGCAGCCUACUCCCAACUCCUCUUUCCUGGUAGGUGUGACGGAAGACAAAAACAAAAAAUGCCGUCGCACUAUGGAAGACACUCAUGCAUAUCUCUACAACUUCCUCGGCACCCCAGCCCCUGUGCUGGCCUCGGCCGAUAGUUCACUCUCCAAAAAGAGCUCGCGGGAAGACAAGAAUAGCUUGACGACGAUCCCCUCAGACUCUGGGCAGCAUGUCGUCGAGACGGAUAAUGGAUAUUUCGCCAUCUUUGACGGCCACGCGGGCACUUUUGCUGCAGAAUGGUGUGGGAAGAAGCUGCAUGUCCUUCUGGAAGAUCUGAUGCGCAAAUACCCGAAUACGCCGGUCCCGGAACUGCUUGAUCAAACAUACACCUCUGCUGACAACCAGUUGGAGAAAUUGCCGCUCAAGAACAGUGGAUGCACUGCCAUUACUGCGGUCCUGAGGUGGGAAGACCGCGUGCCUACCAACCACUCCGCGACAGGGUCGCAGGCCAUUGCAAGUCUGGCAGCAGCGGCCGCCAAGGAAGCAGAAAAGAACGAGAAGAAUAGCGAAGCGUCGAAGGAUGCCAAAGACUCGACUCCCCGAUCGAACUCCACUGCUGAGGCGGCAGCCGCAGCGAUCCAAGAAGCCAAGCAGAAAGCCACCCGACAACGAGUGCUCUAUACCGCUAAUGUUGGCGACGCUCGCAUCGUGCUAUGUCGGAAUGGAAAAGCCCUCCGUUUGUCUUAUGACCACAAAGGUAUGGAUGAAAAUGAGGGACGAAGGAUAUCAAAAGCUGGUGGCUUGAUUCUGAACAAUCGAGUGAAUGGGGUAUUGGCUGUGACACGAGCAUUGGGCGACUCGUAUCUAAAAGACCUGGUCACCGGGCACCCGUAUACGACUGAGACAGUGAUUCAACCUGAUCAAGACGAGUUCUUGAUCCUGGCCUGUGAUGGGCUAUGGGAUGUUUGCUCAGAUCAAGAGGCGGUCGAUCUCGUUCGCAAUAUCCAAGAUCCGCAAGCUGCCUCCAAGAUCCUCGUAGAUCACGCCUUGGCGCGUUUCUCCACCGACAACCUGUCAGUAAUGGUUGUUCGCUUCGACCCGCAGAAGCUGCAAACAAACACGAAGAUGGACAUUGGAGUCGAAACAGAUGCCAACAAAGACAAGUUGGCCAUCAGUGAAGUGGAAAUGAUUGUUGGCGAAGCCCGACGACAUUCUGGCGUUGCCCCGGAAGGCGCCGUUUCGGAUCAGGACUCGGAAGAGCUGAUGCAGACCGUGAUCAAAGAGCAGGAAAAUGAAGACCAAGAGGCGGGACCCGAAUAUACGCCAGAGGGCAGGCCCGAAGCAGAGAGGAUAUUGUCCGAAAAGAAGUCGGAGCAAGUACAGAAUGGAAGUUGA